AUGCAAGAGACGGAAGUAAACACUACAAGAAGAUGGGGCACGGGCCGGAAGAAGGUGGAGAUGAAGAAAAUAGAGAGCAAAAGCAGCCUAAUAGUGACUUUUUGCAAGAGACGCAAUGGUCUUUUCAAGAAAGCUAGUGAAUUUUGCAAUUUAUAUGAUGAUGCCAAUCUUGCUAUAAUCGUUUUGUCCCCUAACCAAAGACCAUACUCUUUUGGUCAUCCUGAUGUGAAUACCGUCGUUGAUCAAUACCUUGGUGAUCAAGAAAGCAGUGAAAGAAACAAUAUUUCUUGUUCAGAGGACACACGUGGGAAAAACAACAUGGAUUGUGACACUAUUAAUGAAGAAGGAGAAGGGUAUUGGUGGGAGAGGUCGGUUGAAGAUUUGGAUUUCGAGGAACUUGAAAAGUUUAGGGCAUCUUUGGAAACAUUGAAGACUAAUGUGGCAAUGAGAGUCCAAGAGGAGAGGAGAACAAGAGUUAGUACCAGGGAUUUCUUGGGUGGUUUUGCGUAG